AUGUUAAGCGAAACUAGGGUUUUAGGGGUGACGAGUCAGGAUGUGAUGAUGGAUGAUUCCGGAGGGCAGGGGAGGCCUCUGGGUGAUCCCCCGGAUAUCCCUGACUCAUGGGCAAGGAAGUUGGUAGGGAGUAGUGGUGGUGGGAUGCGCAGGCCGGAGGAUGUUUUAGAUGAGAAGUUUGUGGCAGAGAGGGUUACUCUCGAAUUCCCUGAUGGGGUGGAUGGGGAACCAGUGAUUACCAUAGGAACGGAUGUGCUGGAGGCUAUGAAUGACUUAUGGAAGCAGUGCAUGAUCGUCAAAGUCCUUGGACGGAAUGUGCCGCUUAUGCCUUUGCAUCGGCGACUAAAAGAAUUAUGGAAACCUAAGGGAGCGAUGGUCGUUAUGGACCUACCCCGUCAGUACUUCAUGAUUCGUUUUGGAGAGGAGGAAGAUUACAUGAAUGCUUUAACAGGAGGACCGUGGAGAGCGUUUGGGAGCUAUCUUAUGGUUCAGGCUUGGAACCCAGAGUUUGAUCCAGUUAAGGAUGAUAUAACUACAACGCCAGUUUGGGUGCGUAUCUCUGAUCUACCGGUUAACUUUUAUCACAAAGCAAUUCUUUUUGGUAUUGCUAAAGGAGUGGGGAAGCCAAUCAGGGUAGAUGCAACCACGUCAAACCUGGAGAGAGCAAGGUUUGCACGGGUCUGUGGGGAGGUUAACCUUAAGAAACCAUUGAAGGGUUCGAUUAUGGUUAAUGGUGCAAGAUUCUAUGUCUCAUAUGAGGGAUUAUCCAAUAUUUGUUCGGGCUGUGGUCUUUAUGGGCAUAUGAUUCAUACGUGUCCGUCGUCGGCUCGAGCAAGAGAGCCGAUGAGUGCCCCUCGAGCUCAGAGUAAUGUGGCUGAGAUGCAUCCAAGUCAAGUGGAAGAUGGUUAUACUCAGGUGAAGCGAUCGGGUUGGAAGCCGGUGAGGUCGAUGGAUGUGGCAGUUGCUGCUAGGGGCCAAAGAGGAAAUGUGAAUCUUGGUGGCCGUGAUUCUCGGCUGGAGAAAAAUAUGGAGAAUAUUACUGUUUCCAACAGUUUUGAACGGUUAAGGGAGGAUUUAGAUUCGGUCAAUCCUCGUGAAGAUACACAGAGUAGAGAUGGGAAUAAAGAAAAUCGAGAUGUGAAUGUGGAGCGUGCUUCGCAAACAGGGCUUGUUGUGUUUGAGGCAGGUCCAUUAAAGCCCAUUGCUGGAAAUCAAAGAAACGGAAAGUGGAGGAAGAAUGGGCCGACAAAGACUAACAAUCGAGUCCAGACUCAAGCGAAAAUGAAGCCUGUUAGGGGUCUGGUUUACGGCCCAACACAUCAGGAUUCAGAACUUUCGUCGACGGGGAAGAGGAUGAGGGUGGAACCUGGAGAUGUGGGCCGUUCAGGAGGGUGCUUUGCCAAUGAGAACCUAGUAUCGGGAAAGGAGAGUCAACAUGAGCAGGCGAAGGGCAUGGAGACUCCUCUGGUUCCGACGGUGGCUGUUGAGCAUACAGAGUGCACUGAGAAGCUGGGGCACUCCGAGAUGGAGCUGGAGGUGAGGGAGAAUCUCGAAUAG